AUGGAAAUUAAUUCGAAACAUCGAAAACUAUCAAAAAGCAAAAAUUCUGUGCGUACAGCUACUUCUAUUAAGCCUCGUUUAGCAAAAAAGAAAAUAGUGACUAGAAAAAGGAAAUGUGUAUGUCUUCCAGAAAAUUAUUCUAUAGUCGAAUUUCCGGCAAUAUGGAAUGAGUUAAGACAGAACGGCCAACUAUGCGAUGGAACAAUCGUAUGUAAAGAUAAAAAAUCUAUUCAAGUUCAUCGAGCUAUACUUUCAGCAGUCAGUCCCUAUUUUAAAGCAAUUUUUGUUAAUUCAUUAAAGAAAGGAAAGCCGGAAGAAACGGAAAUAGCCGUCGACGUUCCUUCAUAUUAUAUGAACCUAAUACUGGACUACGCAUACACAGGGACAUGUAUAGUCACGACCGAUAAUGUAGAACAUUUGUUACCAUAUGCCGAUCAAUUUGACGUAGUUGGAGUUAUACAAUUAUGUUGCCAAUUCCUUUUACAAGAAUUACGACCCCACAACUGUCUUGGUAUUUUUAAAUUUGCGAGAUGUUAUUUUUGUAGCGAAUUAGAAAGUAAAGGGAAAUUGUUUAUAAGACAAAAUUUUGCCAGAAUACUUAAAGAAUGUAGUGAAUUUAAAUUACUGUCUCACGAAGAACUCGAAGAUAUAUUACGUGAUGAUGAACUCAAUGUUCGGAAUGAGGAAAUAGUGUUUCAAGCAGUGAAAAUGUGGGUAGAACAUGAUUUAGAAAACAGAAGAAAAUAUAUUCCGUCUUUAUUGUCUUGUGUACGCUAUGGCCAUAUCAACUACAAAUAUUUUAAGUCGAAAAUUUUACAGUGGCAACCAGUCGUUGAGGAUGAAAAAUGUCAAGAAGUGUUGUAUCCAGCUGUAGUAUUUCUAACUGUCUUGGACUCGCGUCCUGACACGGAAGCUGACCUUAACGAUCCUUUGGCCAGACCCCGAAUUCCGUUCGAAAUAUUAUUUGCAGUAGGAGGUUGGAGCGCUGGUAGUCCAACGAGCUUUGUUGAAACAUAUGAUACCCGAGCGGACCGCUGGUUCCUUUCGAUUCAUAUGGAUUUGUCGCCUCGUGCCUAUCACGGUUUAUGUGCCUUGAAUAACUUGAUCUAUAUGAUUGGCGGUUUUGACGGCAGUGAUCAUUUCAAUACCGUUCGAUGUUACGACCCCGUAGCGAACACUUGGCACGAAAGGGCUUGUAUGUAUCAAGCGAGAUGUUACGUCAGUGUUGUCGUUCAUGAUGGCUUAAUAUACGCAUUGGGUGGUUACAAUGGUCGUACGCGUAUGUCUUCGGUCGAACGCUACUAUCCACAAAAGAAUCAGUGGGAGAUGACCACGCCGAUGAACAAACAACGUUCCGAUGCUAGCGCCGCUUCACUUGGAGGAAAGAUAUACAUAGUGGGAGGUUUUAACGGUCAAGAGGUGUUAAGUUCUGCUGAGGUAUUCGAUCCUGAAACGAAACAGUGGAGUUUCAUUCGAUCAAUGUUAAGUCCACGCUCAGGAGUCAGUCUGAUAUCAUACCGAGAUUCUUUGUACGCUUUAGGAGGAUUUAACGGAUACAGCCGUCUUAAUACUGGGGAGCGGUUUAGUCCUCACCGCGGCGGCGAGUGGCAGGAAGUGACCGAAAUGUUCAGCGCCAGGAGUAACUUCGCUACAGUGUUGCUGGACGACAUGAUCUUUGUUAUAGGCGGGUUUAACGGUUCCACAACGAUACCGCACGUGGAGUGCUACGACGGCGACACACUGGAGUGGUACGACGCAGCUCCAAUGAACCUCACUCGCUCCGCUCUCAGUGCUUGCGUCCUCGCCGGUCUGCCAAACGCUCGUUCAUUCUCAUAUCUUGCCAAAGCUGUGCCAGCGGCUGGCGCUGAUCAAGCCUUUCAUUCAUAAGC